AUGAACAUUAUCAGAGCAACAAAUCCAUCAACAAAGGAUUUUUGCCGUUUGUAUUCCACUCAAAAUGCCCGUUGGUUGAGAACACGAGCUUCACCUGCAACAGGAGUUGGCAGAAAGAUUCAGAUACCAUUUUUUGACGCAGAGCGAUUUGCAAGACUAUUAGAAAAAGAAGGAUUCUCUGCAGCACAAGCUAGAACAGUGAUUCAUGCUUUAGAUGAUGUUGUAGAUGAAAGCACUACCAAUGUAACAAACGAUUUAGUGAGUAAAGCUGAUCAAGAGAAGACAAUCACCCGCUAUAAAGAAGAUUUCAGCAAAUUGAAGCAAGAGAUACAGCAGAUGGAAAGAAUGGAUGUGGAGGAAGUAAAGACGGCCAAUGAAAGGCUCAAAGCAGAAAUUGAAAAGCUAAAAAAGACACUAAGAGAAGAGCUGGUGAGAAGCCAGGCAGGCGUUCGUCUCGAUUUGAACUUGGAUAAAGGACGUAUUCGAGACGAAACAAUUGAACAGCAUAAUCGAUUACAGCAGACAGAUGAUAAAAUUGAGAACGAGAUACAGGCGCUCAAGAGACAAAUGGAAGGCAUCAAAUUACAGAUUUUGCAGUAUAUGAUAGGCACUAUUACAGGCGCAGGAACACUUGUAUUGGGCUACAUUCAUUUCUUUACCUGA